AUGGAAAAUGAGUCCUAUCAAGCUAUAUUGGAAAAGAGACAAGCCUCUAACUUCUCUUCACCAAAAUCUACUGGCACCAAUGACAAUGUGGGUUUACAGCAACAAUUAUUCCCAAGAUCUGCACUUUUAUCAAGUUUCAAUGAGAAUCCUUGGGGGUUGAGGUCACAAUUCUCUCCUCAACCAACUUUACAAACCACCACCACUCAACAAGCAAGCAACAGCAAUGCAUCAUACCAAUCACAAUUCAUGAAGCAAUUUCAUCCUCCAUUGCUGACUUCUAUGAACAGCGCUGCAGGAACACAAAGAUCUCCUUCUGUCGUGUCGUCGUCGUCGCCUUCUUCUUCAAUGGCAACACCAUCCUUUUACAAUCCUCAUGCAAUGACAUCCUCUCAACCUGUCAUUAUUAGACCACCCCAAAACCCUCCUCAAACUCCAACACACCAUCAGCAACAAGAAAGCUCAACAUUGGAUGAAUGGCUUGGAAUGUUCGGUGACCCUUCUGAAGAUGAUAUUUUGGGAUCUUUAAUUGGAGAAAUUCAUCAAACCUUACAAAACAAUUUUUAA